CAAAACACAGUUUACAAAAAAAACUAGCCACUUUUUUUGGAGCAAAGACACUCACUUCCAAACAGCCAAGAAGAUUUUCAAAAUGGCGAAUGUGGGAAAGGUUUUAGCGACUAUUAAAGCGGUGAUAACUCGCUUGGUGUUCGCCACCCAUGGCGUCAUAGCCAUAUGGCAGGUCACUGUCUUCAAGGACAGCAUAGAGUUCUGGUAUCUGGCUGCACCCAUUUUGCUGCUGAUCUUCGAAGGAGUCUUCACGCUGACCAUAAAGGAGAACCAGGAGUGGAAGUGGUUCUGCCCUUCAGUGUUCAUCUACCUGGGGCUGACGGUGCCGGCGAUCUGGCUGCUGGAGCUGCACAAGGUGGACCUGCGCCUGCAGCGGAAGAUGAACCAGACUGAGACCAUCAAUGUUGAGACGGAGAUCCCCAUCCCGGGAGCGACCAAGAUCCCGACGGACAUGUGGGUGACGCUGAUCGAGCAGUUCCUCAUGCUGACCCUGAUCGUGGGCCGCUGGCUGCUGCCCAAGGGUGAGCUGACGAGGGACCAGCUCAGUCAACUGCUGCUGGUUUAUAUUGGCACAGCCGCGGACAUCAUAGAAUUCUUCGACUCCUUCAAAGACGAGAAGGUGGCGACAGAGAAGGUGCUGGUCCUCCUGACCCUGGCCAUCUGGUCGUGGUCUCUCAUCCAGUUCACCGUGGUGCUGACUGCCACCAAGUCGCGGAAGUCCAGAGGAACCGCAAAUAGGUCUGACAUGAGCACCAGUCGCGCCUGCUGCUGCUCCAUCGAGGUCUGCGCCAUCAUGAUGAACAUCGUGCUCCAAGACGCUCCGUUCCUCGCCUUCCGCCUGCUGAUCAUCUGCCACUACAACAUCGUUAACUACAUGAACAUAUUCUUUACUUGCAAGAAUACGCUGGUGAUCCUGCUGCAAAUCUACCGCCUGUACGUUUUACACCUGGAGCGAGUCGACGAAGGAGGAGGCUCCGUGUACAGGAAGAGACACAAGCACCGGAGUGGAGAGGGGAAGGAGAGAGACAGGAAGCACAAGAAACACGACAAGUCCAAGCGUGACAAGAGACACGAUGUAAUGGAGACUUCCAUCUCGGUGAUCAGCGACCCUCGCCGGCAGGACCGAGGGGACGGGGGCAGGAUCCGUGCAAUAAUCCUGACCAACUCCGAUGAGAUCCGCGAGCUGGAGCUGUCCAAGCUGUUCCGAGAACAAGUGCACGUCGAGAACGAGAAGAAGAAAUCCUCCAAAAAGCGGCAACCGAAGUCGGAGUCCUCGGAAGAAUCGCUCAACAACAUCCAGCACACGACCGAUGAUUCGGGCAUUUGA